AUGGCCAGCGGCGGCGAUGCACGUUUCUUCGCUCGGGGCAAAGUAGCCGAACUCCGCGCUGAGCUCAACAGCGACAAGAAGGACAAGAACUUCUCGCGCAAGAAGAUUGCCCUCAAGAAGAUUGUCGCAAACAUGACCAUGAGCAACAACGACAUGGCCGCGCUCUUCCCGGACGUCAUCCAGUGCAUGACCAUCCCCACGCUCGAGAUCAAGAAGAUGUGCUUCCUCUUCCUCGUCAACUACGGCCGCGUCAAACCCGACAUGGCCCAACGCGCGCUCCCAAUCCUCAUCAGCGACAUGGAAGACCCCAACCCACUCGUCCGCGCCCUUGCCCUCCGCACAAUGUCCUACAUCCACGUCCCGCAGUUCAUCGAGGCAACCGUCGAGCCCCUGCGCCUCCUCCUCCGCGACAACGACCCCUACGUCCGCAAGACGGCCGCCUUCUGCGUCGCGAAGCUCUACGACCACGACCGCGAGCUCGUCGAGGGCUCCGCGGGCAAGGGCGUGGCUGGCACCGCGCAGGCUCAGGGCCUCAUCGAGGGCCUCAAUGGCCUGCUCAAGGACGAUAAUUCGACUGUGGUGGCCAGCGCGCUGGUGGCGCUCAUGGAUAUAUGGGAGAGGAAUGAGAAUAUCAAGUUGACCAUUGAUCACACGAAUGCGAGCAAGAUUGUGCAGAUCUUGCCGGACUGCUCGGAAUGGGGCCAAACCUACAUCCUCGAAGCGCUCAUGGCCUACGUCCCACAGACCACCGACGAAGCCUCCAUCAUGGCCGAGCGCAUCUCCCCGCGCCUGCAGCACUCCAACUCGUCCGUGGUGCUCACGUGCAUCCGCGUGAUCCUCUACCUGAUGAACUACAUCUCCGACGCCAAAGAGAUCUCAGCGCUGUGCCGCAAGCUGUCGCCGCCGCUGGUGACGCUGCUGGCAAAGGGACCCGAGGUGCAGUAUCUUGCGCUGAGGAACGCGCUGCUGAUAUUGCAGCGCAGGCCGGAGGUGCUGAGGAACGAUAUCAGGGUGUUCUUCUGUAAAUAUAAUGACCCUAUCUAUGUCAAGGUCACGAAGCUGGAGUUGAUCUUUAUGCUGGCGAAUGAGGAUAAUAUCGAGGAGGUGUUGACGGAGUUGAGGGAAUACGCCACCGAAAUCGAUGUCCACUUCGUCCGCAAGUCCGUCCGCGCCAUCGGCAAACUCGCCAUCAAGAUCGAGCCCGCCGCGCGCCAAUGCAUCAACACGCUCCUCGAGCUCGUGUCCACAAAGGUCUCCUACAUCGUCCAAGAAGCCACCGUCGUGAUCCGCAACAUCUUUCGCAAGUACCCCAACCAGUACGAGUCCAUCAUCAGCACGCUGUGCGAGAACCUCGACUCGCUCGACGAGCCCGAGGCAAAGGCCGCCAUGAUCUGGGUCAUCGGCCAAUACGCCGACCGCAUCGAGAACAGCGACGUGCUGCUGGAGGACUUUCUCUUCUCGUUCGCGGACGAGCCCGUCGAAGUGCAGCUCGCCUUGCUCACGGCCACCGUAAAGCUGUUCAUCCAGCGGCCCACGAAGGGGCAGGAUCUCGUGCCGAAGGUGCUGAAAUGGGCGACGGAGGAGACCGAUAACCCGGACCUCCGUGACAGGGGGUAUAUGUACUGGCGGCUGCUGUCGGCCGAUCCAGCGACCGCGAAGAAGAUCGUCAUGGGCGAGAAACCGCCGAUUACGGCGGAGACGGAGAAGCUGGACCCUGCGACGCUCGAGGAGAUGUGUUUGAAUGUGGGCACGCUGGCGACGGUGUACUUGAAGCCGGUCAACCAGGUGUUUAGGACGGCAAGGCCGAAGCGGCUGACGGAUUCGCCCGCGCUGCAGAAGCAUAUGCUGCCGACGGCGAUUGCGGAGGAGGCGGCGCGGGCGGCGAUGAGCAGCAUGGGGGGCGGUGGGGGCGAUGUGGGACGUGGUGGUGGGGUGGGCGGUGGGGUGGAUCUGUUGGGAGGGGAUCUCAGGGAGGCGGUGGAUCAGGCGGACGACUAUUUUGCGGGGGUGGGCGGGGGAGUAGGGAAUAACCCGUUUGCGGUGGGGGGUGGGCCGGUGCAGGGGGGUGGGCAGUAUGUUGUGAGUCAGGGUGUGCCGCAGGAUCUGUACUCGCCGAGUACGGGCGGGGAUCUACUGCUGCUGUAA